AUGGCCACGGCUCGGGAAGCUCGCGCAGAGCGUCUCAACGACCGCCUUCGUGGUGCGCAGCGCGUCAAUCUUGGAGACGACUCGUUCAACCUCGACAUACCCGGUCUUGACCCUGCCGUGUUCGCAGCGCCCCAGCCCCCGUCGUCCCCUCGCCAGCCAGGAAACUCAUCUGCGAAGAGACGGAGGCUCAAUGAGGAGGCACCGGAUCCCGCCUCGAGCGAUCGCAGUGGCGGCGGCGCACCCAAAAACCCAUACGAUAUACCGAACACUUCAAAGGAUUCCGAACAACCGGCGAAUGCGAGCGCAACGACCCGCGAACAUGCAGGAGCAAGGGAUACGGGAGAAUUGCCGAGCCCUCGAAACGAAAAUUCGAACCAUGUCUCUGAUUCCGAAGGGGAGCCAGAAGACGAGCCAGACGAGCUGGAAGUCCUACCGGAACCAUCGAGCAGCCGCGCGCGCACGUCCUUUGUUGAAGAGAUAGAAGAAAGUCCCGUCAGUAAGCCUGGCAGCGGCCGGAGAAGAACCGUGGCUGUCAGCAGUGCGCUUGCGUCGAGCGCAAGAUUGCGCGAUGAGAUGGGUUCCGACAGUAGCAUGCCCUCGUCGCCCCUCACGCGCAAAUCACGGAGAAGCGACGCUGAAUUUUCCGAUAGGAGGGCUUCCAGGUUGUCAGCGAUGGAGGAACUGCAGUUUGACGAGAUUGAUGAGAUCGCAAGCCAGCUGUUGUCACAAGCACAAGAGAGAUCGCCUAGUAGGGAGCUCGGGAGUGUUGUAGAGCCCGGGGAAAUGGAGGUAGUACCAGCUCCCGACGAUGAAGAGGAGGAAGAGGAGGAGGAAGCAGAAGAGAUCAGUGCGACAGAGGCGGCAAAGGCUCUACGAAGAAGACGUCCCAGACAAAGCCUUCGUUCUGGGUCCAUUGAGUUAGGAUCGAGAGACCGCGGAGACGGUGAUGAAGACGACUAUGAAGAAGAAGAAGAAGAAGCACCCGAACCUGUCCCCGAACCUGCUCCCCGGAGGCAACGUGGGAAGCCCAACAAGAGUCCCGCCACACAGAAGCAACCCGCCCAGAAGCCACGGCAACGAGUAUCUCAAAAACAGAAACCCGAAAAGCCUCGCCCAACGGCGCCACCCAAGCCGAGGCGAUCCUCCGCAGCUCGACGUAAGAGCGACGAGGGCAGCGUUGAGGACGGUGGCGAGGGAGAAAAUGCCAUUGAAGUCACGGUGCAAAGGUUCGUCAACUACAGAAAGCGUCGCAGAAACGACGAUGAAGAAGCGGACGACAUCGAUCCGCUACAACUUGAUAUACCCUUCGCAAACAGCAGCCGCGAAAAUGCGGUCGACGUUUUUGCCCAAGUUUGUGAAGAAGUCAUUGGCAAUACACUAGAGCAAUUCAAACAGCAUGCUCAGAAUGCGCCAGAUGCAGCGAAAAAGAAGGAGUUUCGCAUCAAGAUUCAAGCUGUUGAAGCCUAUCACAAGGUGCUAAAAUCUCGCCAAUUACAACAUGCUAUUUACCUCAAUCACUGUCACUCGUUGCGAAAGCGGGUUCGGCAGGCUCAGAAAGAGAAACUUGCUUUACGAGAGGAGAUUCUUCGCAUCAAGGGCGAGAGGGAGCAGGUCGCUCUUCGAAUGGAUGCUGUAAGAGCGAAGUAUGAAGCAGACAACAAGGAAGCAACCUUUUUGCUCAACACAUCUAGUACGAUGUACGACAUUGACAUGGCUGUAUCAAAAGGCCAAGACGCCCCGCAACUAUCUGGAAAAGUCCAGAAAGAGGCCGAGCUCGCGAAUCUCGAGUUCCUCCUAGCCCAAAUAACAGAUCAAGUCAGCUCUUCAAGUGGGAGCGGUGGGACUCUCCACCAGGUCCAGGAUUUCAAUGCAUUCUUGGAACGAGCAGCGCAGGCGCUCGAAUCCAGAUGA